AACUGCUUGUUCGUGUCUUGUCAUAGUCAUGUUGCGUUCUGAAGUGCUGCUGCGUUUCCUGUCGUCCCAUCUCCCCUUCCCGCACAGAUAUCUCAGCCCCAACAUGUGCUGGACACGAAUGUCGUCAUGACAAAAGUACUCGAAGACCGCCCAAGCUACAGAGCAACGGCGCUGCGAGAUUUUUACACGUGAACGGCUCGCCCUACGCGCAACUAUGGCUCUGAUUAUAUGAAGCUGACUACGGCUUUGGCUAGUUGUGCUGGCGAGAGUUUGCUGAUGCAUCUUUUACUGUGGGCGCCCCUAUCCGAGCAGAACACCACCGGGUUGCUUGAUGACCACGCAUUCUCGUGCAAACACGUCGUCUGCUCGUUCUGGCAGUGGCAAACGUAGGUGAGACUAUCCAAC